AUGUCUUACACAAUCGCAGUCAGAGUCAUCGACGCCACCAACAACAAUUCCAAUUUCACGCUCGCUGAGAAAAAUGUGUGGCAUAACGGGAGGUGGUCCAACACAGACUCGGUCCAGACACUCACCAUGGGCGGAAGUGGUACGUCUGGUGGGCUCCGCUUCAUAAGCGGUACCGGGGAGAAGUUCCUUGUUGUGCUAGGCAUCCACAACUACAAGAGGUGGUGCGACAUCAACACUGACCUCGCGCCUCCGGUCACGGCAACUAAUAUUCACCCCGAGUACUACACGGACGGCAGCGCUCGGAACAGGUUGCUUGGGAUCAACGAUCUGAGAUCCAGAAGACCAGUGCAAGGGGGGACCAGGGUGGAUGUGAAGUAUGUCCACGAGGCGGCCGACAGCAAGUCCUUCGUCGUUCACAUCACCAUUUCUUGA